AUGCUUGGCGAAGGGAGGCGAACACUCUCAUGGAUUUGGUACACGGUUAGUGACGAGGAACUCUCAGAUCCCGGCGAGGUUCAGGCCUGUCUUCGUGUCGAAUGGGUUAAAGCUCACACGGCUCGCAGCGCAAGCCUGCUACAUCUACAUACCACAGCACCUGCUUCCCUGCUCUCCUCCUACACACGCCACACGAGAGUACUGGGUGCUGGGUGUUGUGUAUUGGGUACCGAGGCGCGUGAAGGCCAUCGAACAGACAAAUUGGCCACUCGACUCCCUAACGAUGCGCUACCCAAUCUUGUUCAACCCCUUGGAAGCAUUACGAACUUUCGCAAUGCACGAUCGCAUGCUGCUGUCUUGCAAGGCUAUGCAGGUCGCCCAGACGGAGAUCCCAGGCAUGUGCCGCUGGCCGAAGCUGAUAAGGCGCACGCACGGGCAAUACAGCUUGCUACGUUAGUCCCCUUUGACGAUAUACCCCGUGAGUGGCCCAUUGCCUCGUCAUUGGCUUUAAGGCUGAACAGACCAGGAUCCAACGCGGCAACACUCCAAGAGAUCCUAACUAAGUUGGACGGCCUAGAAGACCGGCUCACAGCAAAAGUUGAUGCAGUGGAAGUGGCCAUCGGACAACGGAUUGCUCGUCUGGAGGAGACCGUUCGAGCAUCAACCAUUGCAUCUUUAAGGGCUCUCAAUGGUGCUCGAGAGGAAGGCGCUCUCAUCCCAUACGAGAUUAUUCCCUUCCCUGAUGGGAAGCAUCCCACAGAUGCAGAGUUUCAGAAACAUAAUCAGCGUCACCCCUUCCCGCUUUUGCGCAAGAUGGCCAACAUCGUCCAACUGAACCGGGGUGACCUGCUUCGCUACUUGCAACACUACGGCAUUACCCCAGCCAACAUGCCAGCGGAUGAGCCCGGGAGACACAAGCUGUUGUGCGAAAUGAUUGGAGUCUCGGUGAUCGUGAUUAGGCAUCAUUUUGCUUAA